GUUGCGACUCCACCGGAUCAUUCUGUCUCCGAGAAUGAUAAUCGAAUUGGCGAAUUUCUCUUCGUUCUUCUUCUUCUUCUUCUCCAGUUUCAGCUUCCUCUGCUUCUUAUGCUCACUGUUUCAUUUUUAGGUGGACGUGAAUAAGAAUCUGAUCGUGGAGUCAGCACAAUGUUGGAGGAUCAGGUGGCGUACUUAUUGCAGAGGUACCUUGGAAAUUAUGUCCGAGGACUCAACAAGGAGGCUCUGAAGAUCAGUGUCUGGCAAGGUGAUGUUGAGCUAAGUAAUAUGCAGCUGAAGCCAGAGGCCCUCAAUGCAUUGAAAUUGCCAGUGAAAGUUARAGCCGGAUUUCUUGGAUCAGUGAAAAUUAAGGUUCCAUGGAGCAGACUUGGUCAAGAUCCUGUUAUAGUGUACUUGGAUCGAAUUUUCUUAUUAGCUGAGCCUGCAACCGAAAUUCAAGGAUGUAGUGAAGAUGCUAUCCAAGAGGUGAAGAAAACUCGAAUUCGGGAAAUGGAGAUCAAGCUAUUGGAGAGGAUGCAGCGAACUAAGACAGAAAUGAAUAAUUCAUGGUUAGGAUCACUGAUCAGCACAAUAAUUGGGAACUUGAAGCUUUCGAUAUCAAAUGUUCACAUCAGAUACGAAGAUAUUGAAAGCAAUCCUGGACAUCCAUUUGCAGCUGGUAUAAGUUUAGAAAAACUUUCAGCGGUUACAAUUGAUAAUGACGGGAAUGAGACUUUUAUAACCGGUGGUGCACUCGAUCGUAUUCAGAAGUUCGUUGAGCUCAAUCAGUUAGCACUUUAUCUCGACUGUGAUAUAUCCCCUUGGAAUGUGGAUAAACCAUGGGAGGAUUUGCUUCCAUCAGAGUGGGACAAAGUAUUUCAUUUUGGUACCAAGAAAGGAAAACCAGCUGAACGUCUUGCCAAAAAUCACAGCUACAUUUUACAACCAGUGUCUGGAUAUGCGAGGUAUACGAAGUUGCGGGAAAAUGUUCUUGCUGAUAGGCAUGAACCUCUACAGAAAGCAUCAGUAUAUUUGGAUGAUGUGACGCUCUGUUUGUCGAAGAAUGGGUACAGGGACAUUCUAAAAUUAGUUGAUAAUUUUUCUGCAUUCAAUCAGMGAUUGAAGUAUGCUCACUAUCGGCCUCUCGUGUCUGUGAAAACUGAUCCUAGACUGUGGUGGAAGUAUGCUUUUAACGCAAAUUCUGACCAGUUAAAGAAGGCAAGUGGAAAAAUGUCAUGGGAGCAGGUUCUGAAGUUUGCAAAUUUACGCAAGAGAUACAUCUCGUUGUACGCUUCGUUGCUUAAAUCUGAUCCUACCCGUGCGAUAGUUGAUGAUGACAAAUAUAUUGGGGAACUUGACCGUGAGCUGGAUAUUGAGCUCAUUCUUCAAUGGAGGAUGCUCGCUCACAAAUUUGUACAAAAGUCAGUGGAAUCUGUCCAGAACUUGAAAAAGGAAAAAGCAAAGAAAUCUUGGUGGUCGUUUGGAUGGAACAAUCAAUCAUUCAAAGACGACGAAGAACAACUUUUUAGUCAAGAAGAUUGGGAACAAUUGAACAAAUUUAUAGGGUAUAAGGAAGAUGAUAAUUCGCUUUCCAUCAUGAACGUUAGUAAAGCGGAUGCUGUUCUUACUUCCUUGGAGGUUCACAUGAACCAUAAUGCUUCAAAGCUCACCGAUGAGGCUCAACAUUCUCUUGCUGAACUGUCAUGUGAAGAUCUUAAUUGUUCCAUGAAAUUUUUUCCAGAAACGAAAGUUUUUGACAUCAAUUUGGGGUCAUAUCAAUUAUCUUCACCAAGUGGUCUCCUUGCUGUGAGUGCAACUGCUCGUGAUUCAUUAGUUGGUGUUUUAUGUUACAAGCCUUUUGAUACUAAACUGGACUGGAGCUUGGUUGCAAAAGCUUCUCCGUGUUACAUGACGUAUCUCAAAGAUGCUAUUGAACAAAUUUUGAACUUCUUUGAGAGCAACACUGCUGUCAGUCAGACUAUUGCAUUGGAAACAGCAGCUGCUUUGCAGACGACAAUUGAUGAAGUUAAGCGCAGUGCUCAAUACCAAGUGAACAGAGCAUUGAAAGACCACUCAAGGUUUUUGUUGGACUUGGAUAUUGCAGCUCCUAAAAUUACAAUUCCUGCAGAGUUUCAUCUUGAUGACAUCAAUUCGAUAAAGCUUCUGAUUGAUUUGGGGAAUUUGUUGAUUCGAACACAGGAUGACCAUGACAACGUGUCUCCGCAGGAGUUGGAUAUGUAUUUACAUUUUGAUGUGGUUUUAAGUGAUGUCUCUGCAUUUUUGGUUGAYGGUGAUUACAGCUGGAAUCAAAUUUUUGGCAAAGAUACUGAUAAAUCUUCCCAUGGAACAUACAUUAAUAUCUUGCCUAUUAUUGACAAGUGUGGGGUUAUCUUAAAGCUGCAACAGAUUAGGUCGGAGAAUCCUUCUUACCCUUCAACAAGACUUGCAGUACGAUUGCCAUCUUUGGGGUUUCACUUUUCUCCAGCAAGGUAUCACCGACUGUUAAAAAUUCUGAAGAUCUUUCAGGAGGAUAGUACAAAUUCAGAUUACCUUCAACCGUGGAAUCAAGCAGACUUUGAGGGGUGGCUAUCUGUUCUUAUKAGGAAGGGUGUUGGAAACAGGGAAGCUGUUUGGCAACGACAAUACUGUUGUCUAGUAGGGCCCUAUCUCUAUUUAAUUGAAAGCCCAGGAUCCAAAUCAUAUCAGCGAUAUCUCAGCUUAAGAGGAAAACAAAUAGUUCAACUGCCGGCAGAGUUGGUUGGGGAGGUGCAACAUGUCUUGGCUGUUUAUGAUGCUGCACGAUCAAAUAACAAGGUUGUGGAGGAUGCUGGUGCCCUCAUAUUAAGAUGUGAUUCUGAUGAUUCAAGGAAAACUUGGCAGAACCGCUUGCAAGGGGCCAUAUAUCGUGCAUCUGCCUCUGCUCCUAUUUCGGGUCUAUCUGAAACUUCAUCUAACUCCGAGGACUCAGAAAUGGAACCAGAUGAUAGUGAAGAUAUGGAUUCAUCUAUGGAGAGGGUAUUUAUGACUGGUUCUCUUGAUGAACUUAGCGUCCGUUUCAGUUCUAGUAAUCAGCAUGGCCAGAACUUUGAGAGGGUCCUUCUUGCAGAAGAAAGGUGUUURAUGGAAUUCCGGGCAAUCGGUGGUCAUGUUGAGUUGUCAAUUAGGUCAAAUGACAUGUUUAUCGGCACUAUCCUCAAGUCAUUGGAGAUUGAAGACUUAAUUUGUUCGAAGACCAAUUCUCAAUCUUGUUAUCUGGCGAGAUCAUUUGUUCAUGGAGAAGAGGCACCUUCAUWUGCUAACUUUUCAAAGAAUCAAGGUCUUGAUACCAAUGAUUCAACUCUAAGCGAAGGGGAUGACAAUUUCUUUGAGGCAGCUGAAACCUUGGUUGACUAUGCUGAUUAUCAAAUACAAUCACCAGGAGAGAGUCUUGAGUAUGUAAAAUCUCAAAGUUCGCUCCAACUGAGAGAUUUUGCAUCCCCCAGCUUCUCACGUGUUGCUGGUCUGCUUCCUCCUGGUGGCUCUGAAACUCAUAAUGUGGAUAGUGAACAAUCAGUUACAUUAGAUAAUUUUGUAAAAGCUCAGAUAGUUCUUUAUGACCAAAAUUCUUCUCGAUACUCUAACGUUGACAAACAGGUUACUGUUACCCUGGCUACAUUGUCAUUUUUCUGUCGUAGACCUACAGUUUUAGCCCUUGUUGAGUUUGCCAAUGCCGUUAACCUUGAGGAAGAAAGUUGUGAAUCAUUCAGUGAUGAUUCAUCGUCAGGCAUCGUAGGGCAUAAUAACCCGAUAGGAGAAGAUGAACAGAUUUCAAACACCACGAAGGAUGGCAUUGUGAAAGGUUUGCUAGGAAAAGGGAAAUCUAGAACUAUAUUCAAUUUAGCGUUGAAGAUGUCUCGUGCACAAAUUUUUCUAGUGAAGGAAGACGAGACUGUUCUAUCUUGUCUGUCUCAAGACAACUUGCUUGCUGAUAUCAAGGUGUUUCCGUCCUCUUUCAGUAUAGAGGCUGCUCUUGGAAAUCUGAGAAUCAGUGAUGAUAGUCUUCCAAAUGGCCACAUGUAUUACUGGGCAUGUGAUAUGAGAAAUCCUGGUGGCAGUUCCUUUGUUGAGCUAUCUUUCUCUUCAUUCAAUGUCGAUGAUGGAGAUUAUAAUGGUUAUGAAUAUUGUCUUUUGGGGAAGCUUUCAGAAGUACGAAUUGUUUAUUUGAAUCGAUUUAUCCRGGAGGUUGUUAGUUACUUUGUGGGUCUCGUCCCUGAAAAUGCAGAGGGUGUUGUCAAGUUAAAAGAUCAAGUAACAAAUUCAGAGAAGUGGUUUACGACCACUGAGAUAGAAGGCUUACCUGCUUUGAAGUUGGAUCUUUCUCUUUCAAAGCCUAUAAUACUGAUGCCACGAAGGACAGACAGUCUUGAUUAUUUGAAGCUUGACAUUGUCCAUAUUACCAUCCGAAACACUUUUCAGUGGACUUGUGGCAGUAAAACAGACAUGAGUGCAGUGCAUUUGGAAAUCUUGACUGUUCUGGUUGAUGACAUCAAUUUAAAUGUUGCCAUGGGCACGGAAUUAGGGGAAAGCAUAAUUGAAGAUGUAAAGGGGGUUUCAGUAGUCAUUCGCAGGUCACUUCGAGACUUGUUGCACCAAAUACCAAGUUUUGAAGUUGCAAUUCAGAUGGAAGUGUUGAAAGCAGUUCUUUCAAACAAAGAGUAUCAGCUUAUUACUGAAUGUGCAAUGUCUAAUAUCUCUGAGACAGCAAAUGUGGUGCCUCCAAUAAAAAAUAUUUCUGCCUCUUCAACGGAUAUAAUAGAACAUGCUACUCAACAAGAUUUAGAUGAGAUUGAAUCUGAAACAAGUGUACCAUCAUUUGUGUCCAUGAAACUCUCUGUUAUUAUUGACCUGGUGGAGCUGUGCUUACGUGCAGGAGUAUCUGGAGAUGCAUCUUUAGCCACUGUGCAGGCUAACAAUGCAUGGCUAUUGUACAACUCCAACACAAAUGGUGAAGGAUUUCUUUCAGCAACACUCAAGGGUUUCACUGUUCUUGAUGAACGUGAAGGAACUGAACUGGAAUUCAGGCGGGCAAUUGGUAUUGCUAACAGCAUUGGCCCAGCUCAGUUUCACAUACAGACUAAUGAACACAAUCAGCUGCCAAGUGACGCAAAUACUAUAGAAGACAAAAAUUCUGAAGCAGUUCCUACAAUGCUUAUUCUUGAUGCAAAAUUCAGUCAGUUCAAAACAUUUGUUUCAUUAUYAGUUCAAAAACCUCAACUGCUUGUCGCACUUGAUUUUCUCCUGGCUGUUGUUGAAUUUUUCGUUCCAACUGUUGGCAAUAUAUUGUCAGAUGAAGAAGAUAAGAGUUAUUUACAUGUUACCGAUGCUGUUAUUUUGGAUCAGUCACCUUACAGGCAGCCAUCAUCUGAACUGCAUAUAUCUCCUGGAAAACCUUUAGUAGCAGAUACUGAAAAUUUCGACCAUUUCAUCUAUGAUGGCGAUGGUGGAGUAUUGCACUUAAAAGAUAGAUAUGGAGUUGAUCUCUCAGCACCUAGCAAGGAGGCAAUGAUAUAUGUUGGAAGUGGGAAGAAAUUGCAGUUCAAAAACAUCAUUAUCAAAGGUGGACGGUAUUUGGAUUCUUGUGUUUUUAUGGGUACCAACAGCAGUUAUUCAGCAUCUAAGGUGGACGGCGUUUACUUGGAGUUGGGGGAUAAUAUACUCCAACUGAGCUCUCAAGAUGUACAAUCUCAAGAUAUUACCGGGAACAAGUCUACCGAGUAUAUUAUUGAAUUGCAGGCAAUUGGCCCUGAGCUGAUCUUCUAUAAUACGUCAAGGGAAGUGGAGGAAUCAACAAUACUCCAGAACCAACUUUUGCAUGCACAACUGGAUGUAUAUUGCCGGGUUCUUCUUAAGGGUGAUACGAUAGAAUUUAGUGCAAAUGCACUUGGUUUGACYAUGGAGACUAAUGGAAUGAGGAUUCUGGAGCCCUUCAAUACUUCAGUAAAUUAUUCAAAUGCUUCUGGAAAGACAAAUAUACAUUUAUCUGUUUCGGAUAUAUUUAUGAACUUUUCRUUCAGUAUCUUGAGACUAUUUUUAGCUGUUGAAGAGGACAUCAUGGCAUUUCUAAGAAUGACAUCUAAGAAAAUGACAGUGGUAUGCUCCCAAUUUGACAAAGUUGGGACAAUUAAAAGUCCAAACAGUGACCAAGUGUAUUCUUUCUGGAGGCCUGAUGCUCCACCAGGUUUUGCAGUUUUGGGUGACUAUGUGACACCAUCUGAAAAGCCACCAACCAAAGGAGUUUUGGCAGUAAAUACAAGUUAUGCAAGAGUAAAGCGACCUAUAUCUUUCAGACUAAUCUGGCCACCUAUAGGAUCUGGAGACAUUUCUAAUUAUCACGUGAACAAUUUUGAUUCUUCACCUGGUGGUGAUAGUCUUGGUCAAGAGGACUGCUUUUAUUCCAUUUGGUUUCCUGAAGCACCCAAAGGAUAUGUUGCGCUCGGCUGUGUUGUCUCCAAUGGAAUAGUGGAACCGCCAUUGUCUGCUGUUUUCUGUAUUGCCACUUCCUUAGUUUCUACUUGUUCCUUGAGGGACUGCAUAAGUAUCAGCACCAGUGUACCUUGCAGAUGUCAUUCAAGUUUUGCUUUAUGGCGAGUGGACAAUGCUGCUGGCUCUUUCUUGCCAGCAGAUCCAAUAAAUUUUCACGUGAGAGGUACUGCAUAUGAAUUGCGUCGUACGAUAUUUGGGUUUCCAGAAGUGUAUCAUGAAAAGCCCAAGCGUUCAGAUAGUCAUGCUUCAUCAAGUCAAACUGAGACUUCGCAUUUGGAGAGGCCACCUAUUGUAACUUCUGGUCAGCAUUUUGAGGCUGUUGCUAACUUCCAACUGAUAUGGUGGAAUCGUGGAUCAAAUUCCAAGAAGAAACUAUCAAUAUGGCGUCCAGUUGUUCCUCCGGAGAAGAUAUAUUUUGGUGAUAUUGUUGUUAAAGGAUUUGAGCCUCCAAACACAUCUAUCGUUCUUCAUAACACUAGAGACGAGGAGUUGUUUAAAGCCCCUCUGGGUUUCCAACUUGUGGGACAAAUCAAGAAGCAAAGAGGAAUGGAGAAUAUAUCGUUCUGGUUGCCUCAAGCUCCUCCAGGGUUUGUUUCCUUGGGUUGUAUUGCAUGCAAAGGGACGCCUAAGCAACAAGACUUCAGUGCACUAGGAUGCAUGCGGAUCGAUAUGGUAACAGGGGAUCAGUUCUUGGAGGAAAGUGCCUGGGAUUCUUCAGAUGCCAGGCUAAUAACAGAGCCUUUCAGCAUAUGGAUGGUUGGUAAUGAGUUGGGGACGUUCAUUGUGCGGAGUGGGUUUAAAAGGCCUCCAAGGAGAUUUGCUCUUAAGCUGGCUGAUUCAUUUGUCACAAGUGGUUCAGAUAACACCGUAAUUGAUGCUGAAGUGAGAACGCUCUCUAUAGCAGUUUUUGAUGACUAUGCUGGUUUGAUGGUUCCAUUGUUCAAUAUAUCUUUUAGCGGGUUGGGGUUUAGUCUUCAUGGAAGAAAAGGAUACUUAAAUGCCGUUGUGAGCUUCUCUUUGGCAGCCAGAUCAUACAAUGAUAAGUACGAAUCCUGGGAACCACUUGUAGAACCUGUAGAUGGAUUUUUAAGGUACCACUACGACCAAAAUGCCCCUGGAUCGGCCUCUCAGUUGCGUCUUACCUCAGCAAGAGAUCUAAAUUUGAAUGUUUCAGCAUCUAAUGUCAAUAUGCUCAUUCAAGCAUAUGCAAGCUGGAUCAAUCUUACGCAUGUUCAUGAGAAUAACAAAAAAAGAGAUUCGUUGUUUUCCACUUCUGGUGGAAAACGUAUUGGCAAUCUGCAUGGCAAGAGAGACUAUUAUAUCAUCCCACAAAAUAAACUUGGUCAGGACAUAUACAUCCAAGCUACUGAGAUACGCGGUCUUCAAAAUGUAAUAAGGAUGCCUUCAGGGGACAUGAAGCCCUUAAAAGUUCCUGUUUCGAAGAAUAUGUUAGACUCACAUUUGGAAGGAAAACGUUUUACAAAAGACAGAAKAAUGGUAACAAUAAUUAUCUCUGAUGGACAGUUGCCAAGGGUUGAAGGACCAGCUGCUCACCAAUAUACAGUAGCUGUUCGUCUCACUCCCCUCCAAGGGGUCUUUACUGAACUGCAGCAUCAACAGAGUGCGCGCACGUCCGGAAGCAGCUCAAACCACUCGUUAUCUUCAGAGAUCAACUUGGUCUAUUGGAAAGAAAUAUUCUUUUUCAAACUUGAAUCCCCGGAAAAGUACGUGCUGGAAUUGAUAGUAACGGAUUUGGGAAAAGGUCACCCUACUGGAUUCUUUUCUGCCCCUUUAACUCAAAUAGCUCAGAACUUGGAGGAUGAACUUUAUGUGCGUGAUUACAUGGAUAGGUCCAGCUGGAUAGAACUUGCAUCACCUGAACUGGGCAAAACAUGCAAAUUCAGUGGAAGAAUAAGUUGUACUGUGCUUUUGUCGCCGAAACCAGAAUUUGAAAACAUUAAUCAAUCCUCAAGUAAAGGAAGAAAAUCUGGAUUUAUUCAAAUUAGUCCAAGCAGGACUGGGCCUUGGACUACUGUUAGGCUAAACUAUGCUACACCAGCUGCUUGUUGGCGCUUAGGCAAUGAUGUCAUUGCCAGUCAACUGAUCAUCAAGGAUGGCAGCCGAUAUGUGACAGUUAGGUCUCUUGUAUCUGUGCAGAACAAUACUGAUUUUAUGCUUGAUGUUUGCCUCAUGUCCAAACAUUGCGAGCAAAGCAUGCAUCUGCUGGAUGAGAUCACUAAUUCUGAUGGCUUAAGAGCUGAUAGUAACAUGUUUGUAACAGAAGAGUUCUAUGAGACUGAAAAGUACAACCCCACUGAUGGCUGGGUUAGCUGUCUGAAAUCCAGUCGGGAUUGCUCAGAAGGAAAUGUCACGGAGGCGACAUCAAGAGUUGACCUACCAUCAGGUUGGGAAUGGAUUGAUGAUUGGCAUUUGGACAAGAGGACUAGUACUGCUGCUGAUGGUUGGGUUUAUGCUCCAGAUGUUAAAAGUCUAAAAUGGCCUGAUUCUUCCAACUCUGUGAAAUCUGUAAACCAUGCGAGGCAAAGGAGGUGGGUCAGAAGUAGGAAACAGAUAAUGAAUAAUAUAAAGAAGGAAAUAUCCAUAGGACAAUUGAAGCCUGGUGAUAAGGUUCCCCUGCCUUUAUCAGCACUGACGCAUUCUGGACUUUAUAUCUUCCAUUUUAGGCCUUCCACAAUUAAUAGUUGUGACGAGUACUCUUGGAGUUCAAUUGUAGAUAAACCUAAUCAAGAGGAUGCUAAUAGGCCCAAUGUUUGCCCUGAUAUAUGCGUUUCCACCCUGAGUGAAUCUGAGGAGUUGUUGUACUGUAUUCAGACAAGCGGAACUUCAUCUAGUAGUUCCCAUAGAUUAUGGUUUUGUUUAGGCAUACAAGCAUCGGAAAUUUCCAAAGAUAUACACUCUGACCCUAUCCAGGACUGGAAUCUUGUUAUCAAGGCUCCAUUGUCUAUUACCAAUUACCUUCCACUUGUGACAGAGUUUUCCGUUCUAGAAAAACAGAAAAGUGGCCAUUUCAUUGGCUGCUCCAGAGGAAUCCUUCAUCCAGGCAAAACUGUGAAGCUUUAUGAUGCUGAUAUCAGAAAUCCAUUGUUCAUGUCACUCCUCCCGCAGAGAGGAUGGCUUCCUGUACAUGAAGCAGUUCUUAUAUCCCACCCUCAUGGAGUUCCAUCAAGAACAUUAAAUUUAAGAAGUUCAAUUACUGGACGGAUCGUUCAAGUCAUUCUUGAGCAAAAUCAUAACAAGGAACAUCCAUUCCUCGAGAAGAUAAUCAGAUUAUACGCACCAUAUUGGUUUUCCAUUUUUAGAUGUCCUCCUCUUACAUUCCAUCUUGUAGACAUAUCAGGGAGAAAACAUUCACGAAAGAUUUAUCUCCCAUUUAAGUCCAAAAGUAAUAUUGAYAUAUCCGAGGAAAUAACUGAAGAAGAAAUACACGAAGGGUACACUAUUGCUUCUGCUCUGAACUUUAAUUUGCUGGGCCUCUCUGUGUCAAUUAAUCAAACAGGGAAGAAUCAGUUUGGACCCAUUAAAGAUUUAUCUCCUCUAGGGGACAUGGACGGGUCCGUAGAUCUCUAUGCUUAUGAUGAUGAGGGAAAGUGCAUGCAGCUUUUCAUAUCUACAAAACCAUGCCCCCAUCAAUCUGUACCUACCAAGGUGAUUUGUGUCCGCCCGUUCAUGACCUUUACCAAUCGGCUUGGUCGUGCUAUUUUCAUUAAGUUAAGCAAUGAAGAUGAACCAAAAGUUCUUCAUCCAUGUGAUUCGAGAAUUUCGUUUGCAUUUCAACAAACUGAUGGACAUGAUAAACUCCAGGUCCGUUUACAAGAUACCAGUUGGUCAUUUCCUCUUGAAAUAAUAAAGGAAGAUACCAUAUUUUUGGUCUUGMGGAGAUAUGAUGGUACUCGUACAUUUUUGAGGAUGGAAAUUCGUGGCUAUGAAGAAGGAUCACGUUUUAUCAUUGUAUUUCGUGUUGGAUCAACAGAUGGGCCGAUCAGGGUUGAGAACAGAACUGGCAAUACAAUCAGCAUACGUCAGAAUGGAUUUGGUGAAGAGGCUUGGAUAUUGUUGCCACCCCUAUCAACAACAAAUUUUUGUUGGGAGGAUCCUUAUAGUCUACAUUUCUUAGAUACUAAGAUUAAUGGUGAUAAUAGGAUAGGAGUUUGGAAACUUGAUGAUAGUGCUGGGUUAUGCUCCUUACAGGAUGGUGAAACAGAAUUAUGUUGCCAUGUAGCAAAAGAGGGUGAUAUUAAAGUAGUUACACUUAGAGACGCUCAACACUUGGAGUCUGACUCUCAUGACGAGAUUGGAUACAUAACAGCUGCAAGAAAUUGGAGGUCUCAAAUGCAGGGACCAGUGCAGGAUAGUGAAGCAGGAGCGCCUACUGAGCUUAUAGUUGAGUUAGGAGUUGUAGGGGUUUCUAUUAUAGACCACAGGCCAAAAGAGCUCGCUUAUAUGUACCUGGAGAGAGUUUUUAUCUCAUAUUCAACUGGAUAUGAUGGUGGAGCGACAAAUAGGUUUAAGCUUAUAUUGGGUAAUUUGCAGCUCGAUAACCAACUCCCUCUGACAUUGAUGCCAGUGUUGUUGGCUCCUGAUCAAACCACAGAUGUAAAUCACCCUGCGUUCAAGAUGACAGUAACAAUGCAGAAUGAGAAUAGUGUUGGAAUCCAAGUCUUUCCAUACAUUUACGUGCGGGUUAAUGAGAAAUCUUGGAGGCUGACCAUUCAUGAACCAGUUAUUUGGGCUGUGGUUGACUUUUAUAGUAAUCUUCAGCUUGGUCGUUUGCCCCAAAGUUCUAGCAUCACCCAAGUUGAUCCGGAAAUACGCAUUAAUCUAAUAGAUAUUUCUGAAGUAAAGCUGAAAGUGGUUCUGGAAACGGCACCAGCUCAAAGGCCCCACGGAGUUCUAGGCAUAUGGAGCCCCAUAUUGUCAGCUGUAGGGAAUGCAUUCAAGAUACAGGUGCAUCUAAGAAGAGUGAUGCACAGGGAUAGGUACAUGCGUAAAAGUUCUAUUCUUCCUGCCGUUGGAAACCGUAUCUGGAGGGAUUUUAUUCACAAUCCUUUACACCUAAUAUUUUCAUUAGAUGUGCUUGGCAUSACAAGCUCAACAUUGGCUUCACUUAGCAAAGGGUUCGCUGAACUUUCAACUGAUGGCCAGUUCUUGCAAUUGCGGUCAAAGCAGGUAUGGUCACGGAGAAUCACCGGUGUACGUGACGGAAUUAUCCAAGGCACAGAAGCUCUUGCUCAGGGUGUUGCUUUUGGGGUGUCAGGCGUGGUUACAAAACCUGUGGAAAGUGCUAGACAGAAUGGUUUACUCGGUCUGGCUCAUGGACUAGGACGUGCUUUUCUUGGAUUUAUUGUACAGCCAGUUAGUGGUGCAUUAGAUUUUUUCUCACUGACUGUUGAUGGAAUUGGUGCAAGCUGUUCCAAGUGUUUAGAGGUUUUUAACAAGAAGGCCUCUCUCCAAAGAGUCAGAAACCCUCGGGCUAUCCAUGCUGACGGUAUUCUGAGAGAGUACUGUGAGAGAGAAGCUGUGGGACAGAUGGUUCUUCAUCUCGCAGAAGGUAGUACACAUUUUGGUUGUACUGAAAUCUUCAAGGAGCCUUCAAAAUUUGCAUUUUCUGAUUAUUAUGAAGAACACUUUAUUGUACCUUACCAGAGAAUUGUUUUGGUGACCAACAAAAGAGUCAUGCUUCUGCAGUGCCCAGAUCCAGAAAAAAUGGAUAAGAAACCUUCCAAGAUUCUGUGGGAUGUUCCAUGGGAGGAGCUCAUGGCACUGGAGUUGGCAAAAGUGGCUCAGACCCAGCCUUCGCACUUAAUCAUCCAUUUAAAAAGUUUCAAGAGGGCCGAAAAUUUUGUACGUGUUAUAAAGUGUCACGUUGAAGAAAUUGCGGGUAGAGAACCUCAAGCUGUUAGGAUUUGUUCAGUGGUACGUAAAUUGUCGAAAGAGUACCAAUCUGACAUGAAAAGCCUAGUUCUGAAGGUUCCAUCAAGCCAGAGACAUGUUUAUUUCGCCUGGAGUGAAGCUGAUGGGAAAGAUGCAAAUACUUUAAACAAAUCCAUUAUUAAGUCAAGGGAGCUUUUGUCAUCCAGUUCUUCAAAUGAUGAKGGAAGAUUUGUCAAACACAGUAUAAACUUUGCGAAGGUUUGGAGCAGUGAGCUUGAGUUAAAAGGUCGUUGCAUAUUGUGCAAAAAGCAGGCAGUGGAGACAGGAGGGAUAUGUACCAUAUGGAGACCAAUAUGUCCGGAUGGGUACGUCUCCAUUGGGGAUAUAGCUCAUCUUGGUAGUCAUCCUCCAAAUGUUGCUGCUAUUUACCGUCAUAUAGAUGGAAUGUUUGCACCGCCCGUGGGUUACGAUUUGGUAUGGAGGAACUGYCAGGAUGACUACAUAACUCCUCUAUCAAUAUGGCAUCCAAGGGCUCCAGAAGGCUUUGUCUCUCCGGGAUGCAUUGCGGUCGCCAAUUUUGCUGAGCCAGAGCCCAACUUAGUGUAUUGUGUGGCUGAAUCACUUGCAGAGGAGACAGUAUUUGAGGAGCAGAAGAUUUGGUCGGCACCAGACGCGUACCCUUGGGCAUGUCAUAUCUACCAAAUGCAAAGCGAUGCGCUCCACUUCGUCGCUCUCAGACAAAGCAAGGAAGAAUCCGACUGGAAGCCUAUGAGAGUUCUGGAUAAUCCCCAAGGUCUGUUGCAGUCAUCAAGAGAUCCCUGAUGUUGGCAGCCAAUCCUACAAUACCAAUACUUCUCAAUUUGGUUCACAAGGAGAGCCCUUUCUCAAAGUUGCAUCUCCAAUUUGUAUAUCUUCUACGAAACUUCCUUUACUGGUCAACACACGAGAUCAAAUACGAACACGGAACACCUACGUCUUUUUGGCAGAAGAUUAUUUUGGUGCAUAUAGUGCAAACUGCAAGAUCAUCGAAAACAAUGUGCCAAAUUCGGCUGGUAAGUUUAUCAAAGACCCUUGCAAAUAUACAAUUUUAUCUUCAAAUUUAUACCCUGGGGAAAAAAAUUUAUACUAGCUAGAUGCUAAGAAUCUAUUAGCGAAGAGAAUAAAACAGGAAAGAGGGUGGGGGUUAUUCCAGAAGUAUAGCUGUUUUACAGUGAAAUUCUCGAGAGUUGGUUAUAUGAUUGUUAUUGAUUUGUUUAUAACUAUUUUUGCA